CGCGUUAAUAGCUCAGAAUACGUUCCUUCACCACCCAAGACCCUAUAAACGUCGAGGUACCUACACCCCACAACAGAAGCAACACAUCAAUUCCUCACCAUGGAUAUGCGCAAAAUCCCCUUAUUCUGUGACGCCCUUCCGUCGGAAGUUGUGGAAAAGAUUGUUUUCCACUUGCCGCUUUCCACAGUCGCCGAAUUGAUGAAAUCGGAGAACGCGAGUCUCGCUUUGGUGGCUCGGAGAUGCUACUACUCGAAUAUUAAAUUGCAAUUCGACUACCCUCCAGAUUAUGAACGCUCGCAUAUUAGUGAUAAGUUCCUCAGCAUGAAUGUUUCUGACUUUGAAGCAUUAGUAAACAGUGAUACGUUCAGCCAGCUUCACAUCAAGAAGCUCUUAAUAAAUGUGUACGCACAUAUCGAAAAUUUUACAUUUCUCCACGAAAAAGUGUUCGCCAAAGUGUCUUUAGUUGUUACCAAUGUCAUUCUAGAGUUUUAUGCAGAUCAUGAAUACCAUACGGUAUUCAGUUGGGACUGGUUGCCGUCUUCGCCACCGGUUCAGGAGUGCAUCCGAGAAAUAUCCAUUUUGUAUUCUUAUAUUGAUUCGGAUAUGCCACCCUUGCCCCCCAAUUUGUGCAAGUUUAACCUUCUGUACGGCCGCCAAAAUUAUUGUGACGAUAAUGCUAGCGCUCCAAAGAUUGUUUUUCCACCGUCUCUCCAAAAAUUUGUUUCGGAAAUUCCGUGGCGAUCGAUAUCAGCGUAUGCUAAACUCCCUUCAACCUUUUAGAGAUUGGAGCUAGUAGAAGUCAAAGGCUUUUCUGCCGAAGCCUUCAAUGAGUUAAACUUAUCCGAUCUAAAAUCUUUACGA